AUGGUUCAGGUUAAGCCCUUUGUUAUCGAUAAUUGGGUCCGCCAGUUUAAGCAUUUAGCCAGCACAACUUUCCAUGACACAUGUGUUCAGCCACUAUCCCUACAGGAAUUGUCUCAAUUUCAAGCUUCCGACUCUUCACUCAGUCCCAUCAACAACCUAAACCCAUUGAGUUAUGGGGCAGUCUUAGGAAACCCCAGUCUUCGGGAGAAGAUUCUCUCGCUCUACAGCAAAGAUAGCGUUGAGCCGAUAGACAAGCUAUCUCUUACUGUCACCCAGGGUGCAAUUUCUGCCAAUUUCUUGGUUCUGGAUACCCUUCUGGGACCAGGAGAUCAUGUUAUUUGCCAGUAUCCCACAUACCAGCAGCUCUACGAGGUACCACGACGAGCAGGCACAGACGUAUCGCUCUGGCGAACCAACGAGGAAAAGAAAUGGAUUCCGAACACCGAUGACCUCUCGUCGUUAGUGAAGGAGAAUACAAAAAUGAUCAUCAUAAACAAUCCCAACAAUCCGACCGGGGCAUCGAUCCCUCUAGCAGUCCUAGAAGAGAUCAUCUCCUUCGCCGCCCAAAGAAACAUAAUUGUGUUCAGCGACGAAGUGUUCCGGCCACUUUUCCACGAUCAAUUUGCAGAGAACCCCCCUUCAAUCAUGUAUUUCGCCGAUGUGUACAAGAACAUCAUUGCGACAUCCAGUCUGUCGAAAGCUUACUCACUCCCCGGUAUCCGAGUUGGAUGGGUAAUCACACCCAACCCCGACCUUUUAAACCCCGUGAUUCUUGCAAGAGACUACGCCUCUCUCUCCGUCUCACAAGUAGAUCAGGAUAUAGCAACAUACGCCCUCGAUAAAUCGGUACGAAGCAAGAUCCUUCAGCGAUCACUAGCCAUCUGCAAACGCAAUAUUGAUGCACUAGAGCGCUUUAUCACAUUGCAUGCAGAUAGAUUGCGGUGGAUUAAGCCGAGCGGUGCAUCUUCGGCAUUUGUGCAGGUAAUUGAUCCGAGGGCCGGCGGACCAGUUGAUGAUAAACUGUUUUGUGAGAGGAUUAUUCAAGAAUCCGGGCUGUUGAUUAUUCCGGGUGGACUGGCUUUUGGUACGGAGGGUGAGCUAGACUUUAAGGGGUAUAUGAGAGUUGGGUUUGUAUGUUCUGCUGAGAAAUUUGAGCAGGCGCUGGUCAUCUGGGGGCAGUGUCUUGGUCAGCUUUAG